AGUAGACACAUCAAGUGCAGGUGGUUCAGGCAGGGCCUCUGGUCGUCCUCCCCUCUGCUUCACUUCACCUCACCUCUCUCUUCUCUGCCUUCCCUCCCACCCGAUGGCGCGCCGCCGCCAUGCCGUCGUGGUCGUCCUCUUCCUCGUGAUCCUCGCCUCCAGCGCCGCCGCCACCGAGGAGGAACGGGGCAGCGUGGGGGCGAUGAUGCGGCAGACGCUGGGGUCCCGGCCGCCGAGCUGCGAGGGGCAGUGCCGGUGGAUGUGCGGCGGCCGCCGGUGCGUGGCCGUGCAGGUGCCCGUCACCCCGCGCGACCUGGAGCAGCAGCAGCAGCAGCUGAAGAAGAAGAAAACGAAGAAGGAGAUGGAGAAGACGACAUCGCCGGCGGCAGGCCGAGGAGGAGGAGGGGCGGCGGUCCUGCCGUCCUCGUACGACGACCACUCCAACUACAAGCCGCUCGGGUGGAGGUGCAAGUGCCUCCACUCCUAGCCAGCUUGAUCGAUCGAUCACGCCAUGGAUGAUGCAUCAUGCAUGGAUCCUAAGCUACGUGUACCUUGCACGUACUUACGUAGUGGUCAGUGUAUAUGAAUCUGAAGCUUGGUUCCCAUGCUGCAUUGUCUAUGGGAAUGGAUCUGCAAACAUUGCUUUUGUGCUCUGCUCUUCCCUGUGUUCGAUUCGACCGUGUAAUUAAACGUCUAUUUCGAGCCAUCCAGUUAUGCUACUACUA